AUGGCUCAGCAGAGAGGCCCUUCCUACGGCCUGGGCGCCGGUGGUCCCGCGUCUUUUGGCGGCCCGAGUGCGGACAACUCCGAGUCCAGCCCUCUGGACAUGAUCCGUCAACAGACGAGCAAGAUUGAGGACCUCUUGGACUCUGUGAGCGAGCCAAUCAAGCCUUAUCUGCCCGCCAUUGGUCGCUUCCUGAUUGUCGUUACCUUCCUCGAGGAUGCCCUCAGAAUCGUCACCCAAUGGAGCGACCAGCUCCUCUACCUCCACGACUACCGCCACAUUCCCAACGGUAUCACGCACCUUUUCCUCAUCGUCAACGUCCUCGCCAUGCUCGCCUGCUCCACGCUCGUCAUCAUCCGCAAGUACUCCGACUACGCCGUUGCCGGCCUCAUGGCAGUCGUCACCACCCAGGCUCUGGGGUACGGCUUGAUCUUCGACCUUAACUUCUUCCUGCGCAACCUGUCCGUCAUUGGCGGUCUCUUGAUGGUGCUUUCCGACUCGUGGGUCCGCAAGACCAAGGCAUUCGCCGGCCUGCCCCAGCUUGACGAGAAGGACCGCAAGAUGUACUUCCAGCUUGCCGGCCGCGUCUUGCUCAUCUUCCUCUUUGUCGGCUUCGUCUUCAGCGGCUCGUGGUCCGUCUGGCGCAUCAUCACCUCCAUCAUCGGCUUCGUCGCCUGCGUCAUGGUCGUCGUCGGCUUCAAGGCCAAGUUCAGCGCCACCCUGCUCGUCCUCAUUCUCAGCAUCUUCAACAUUCUCGUGAACAACUUCUGGACUCUCCACGAGCACCACCCCCACAAGGACUUCGCCAAGUACGAUUUCUUCCAGAUCCUCUCCAUCGUCGGAGGUCUCCUCCUGCUCGUCAACGCCGGCCCCGGCCAGUUUUCCAUCGACGAGAAGAAGAAGGUCUACUAA